AAAACCAUGAAGACCACCCUCCUCCUCAUCAUAUCACAGCUCUGGCUCGCCAGCUCCUACGACCUGAUCGUGGGGACUCCACAGACCGGGUACAUGGUGAAGGAAGACGUGCUGAACUACAGCUACUUCCCCUUCAUGGUCAGAGAGAAGCAGUACGCUUACUCUGGGCCGGAGUAUCAGAAAAUUGUGGGUAUAGAAGUGCUAGACAACCUCCACAGCAGAGCAUCAGCGACCAUCACAGCAGGUGGACUUAAUCAUUCGUUCGUCAACAUCAGGAUGGAAAGCGAGCGAGGCACCGGCCUGGAGUACGAUGUCAGGAUAUUCGUUAAGAAUCAAUUCUCUUAACAAACUA